AUGGCUGUCCUGAGAGUAAAAUUCACCAAAACCAAGAGAGACAAAUUGGCUCAAAUCCUGUGGAUCCUCAACUGGAUUUCUGUGGUGUCUGGUGUAAUUCUGUUCAGCCUGGGACUUUUCCUGAAGAUCGAACUCAGAAAGCGAAGUGAGUUGAUGGGCAAAGGGGAUAUUAACUCUGUCCCCAACAUGCUAAUAUCUGUAGGGGUUGUAGCAUGCAUCAUCAACUUUCUUGGAGGUAAAAUCUGCUAUGAUUGCACAGACUCCAACAAAUUCAACCGAUGGAAGUUGUUUAUGCUCCCUUAUAUUGUUUGCACGUUCUGCUUCACCUUCUGCAUUUUGGUAGGUGCUGUCAUGUGUUAUACCAUGAGAAAUGAACUGGAGGAAUCUCUGUAUCUGGGGCUGAGGGACGCUAUUAAGUUCUACAAGGACACAGACAUUCCUGGAAGGUGCUUUUUAAAGAAAACCAUUGAUAUAUUACAAAUCAGAUUCCAAUGCUGUGGAAACAAUGGUUUCAGGGAUUGGUUCGAAAUUCAGUGGGUCUCAGUUCGCUAUCUGGAUAUGGCUUCAAAGGAUGUUCAAGAGUAAGUAUUAAAUGUAUAAUAUUUUUUGAUGUUGUCUCACAAAAUCAGUUUUGGUUGAGCAAAUGAAUCUGAGUAUAUAAGAAGAAGAAGAGUUUGGAUUUGAUAUCCCGCCUUUCACUCCCUUUAAGGAGUCUCAAAGCGGCUAACAUUCUCCUUUCCCUUCCUUCCCCACAACAAACACUCUGUGAGGUGAGUGGGGCUGAGAGACUUCAGAGAAGUGUGACUGGCCCAAGGUCACCCAGCAGCUGCAUGUGCAGGAGCGGAGACACGAACCCGGUUCCCCAGAUUAUGAGACUACUACCGCUCUUAACCACUACACCACACUGGCUCCCAACCGGGAAACACUAGGGAAUGCCAUGGUAGCCUAGAGAAAGCAAUGAAUUUAAGAGCAACCCAACUGAAUCAGGCCAAAGGCUCAUCUCCUUCAGCAUCCUGUUCUUUGAGUGGCCAACCAGAUGCUUAUGGGAAUCUUACAAGUAAGACCUGACUGGAACAGCAGUCCUCCCACUUAUGGUUCUCAGCGACUGAUAUUCAGAGGCAUGCUUCCCCUGACAGUGGCUAGCCUUAUCUGUCAUUGUUUUGCUUAAUCUUCUUUUAAAAAACCAUCCAAAUUUGAGUUCAUCAAUACAUCUUGUGGUGUGGAAGCAAAUUCCAUAGUUUAAAUAUAUGCCCUGUGAAGAAGCUCUUUUUUUUGGUCUGUCCUGAAUCUUCUACCAUUCAGCUACAUUGGAUGGCUCUGAAUUCUAGUACUAUAUGAGAGAUAACGACUUCUCCCUCUCUACGCCAUGCAUACUGUUAAACACUCUGUCAUGCCCUCCUUAGUCACCUUUUCUCUAAACUAAAAAGCCCCAAAUGUUAUAAGCUUUCCUCAUAGGGGAGGUGCCCCAGUCCUUGAUCGUUUUGGUUGCCCUUUCCCAGCUCUAUAAUAUCAUUUUUGAAGGGAACCAUCCAAGACGGUAACCAGGCAGGAGUGAAGUAGAGGCAUAAUUACUCAUGGCACACAGUGAUGCUGUUAAACUAAUAAAGCAAAUGUAUUUAAAUAGGACAAAUAUAAUUUUAAAGAGAAGCGCCUAGUCUGUUGACAUAUAGAAAUAAACAAAACCAUUGUAAACUAUUUAAUGAUCCCACUCUAUUAGUCCAAAGACUUACAUGGCUGCUUUCAAUUUUAAAACAGUGCUAAAAAUAAAUCAAAACACACACAAUAAAUAUUCAGAAGCAGCAUCACAAACAAGGAAAAACCACAUUCAGCUCAAGAGUAAAAGACCUAAAAGGCCUGGGCAAAUGAAAAGGACUUCAGUUGUGUCAAAGAGACAUUAUGGUCAGCGCCAGGCUAGCUUCACUGGGGGGGACUAUUCUACAUCCAGGCUGCUGCAAUGGAUGUAGAAGAAGGUGGGGGAAUUCAGUGAAAGAUAUAUGAGGAAGAGCUUAACAGCUGGGCAAUUUCAUGCAGAAUAAGAGGGUCCUUCAGAAACCCAGGUCUGCACUGCUUGCAAAUUGAAAAGAAAUAAACUUAUUGGAAACAAACCAGCAGCCAAUUCAGCUGUAAAAGUGAUAUGUUUAUGAGCUGUUCUACUAGUUGCCUAGUUAGGGAUCUUGCUACUCUAUUUUGCACCAAGUGAACUUUCCAUUUUCCAGAGGAAUAGCUAAGCUAGUUUGUUACAGCAAAAACAACAUCAACCAAGUACUGUGGCCACUUAAAGACUAACAAAUGUAUUACGGCAUCGGUUUUUGUGGACUACAGUCCACUUCACCAGAUGCAUGAAAUCUGUAUCUGUAACACAGGAGAAGACUGAAUUCAUCUGGACGGUUAAAUCCUGUCAAAGGCGACACCUUUAAGCACAUUUUAAACACAUUGUCCCCCCUCAAAGAAUUCUGGGCACUGUAAUUUGUUAAGGAUUGCUGGGCAUUGUAAGGGUAAACGACAGUGCCCGGAAUUCUCUGAGGGGAGGAAAUGUGCCCUGAAUGUGCUUUAAGGAUGGAGUGUGUCCACACUAGCAAGCUGACCUAUUUACUACUCUCACAGUGUCUAUUUUCCACAUCUUUGUUGCAGCCGCCUAAAAAGCAACGUCGAUGGGAAGUUCUUGGUGGAUGGAGUCCCCUUCAGUUGUUGCAACCCAAUCUCACCCCGGCCCUGCAUCCAGUAUCAGCUAACAAACAAUACAGCUCACUACAACUAUGAUUUUAUGACAGAAGAACUUAAUAUUUGGAUGAGAGGAUGCAGGGAAGCCCUACUGGAUUAUUACACUGACAUCAUGAGAUCCAUCGGUAUCACUGUGCUCCUCAUCUGGUUGUUUGAGGUAAAAUAUUACAGCACAACUUUCAGAGCUUCUUGUUUCGCAAGUGCUAUGAUGAAUGCAGUCCUCCAGGCCUUUCUGUCUGACCCUUGAGGCUCUCCAUAGGCAAUGGCCCUCACUGGACCUGAUGUGUUUAAGCACCAUAAAUGCUUUGGGCUGACUGGAAUGUGCCCUUGAGCUGUGGUGCCUCUUGUUCGGCUGGACAGAGGGGUGUGGGUGUGUAGAAAUAUGAAUAGAUUUGAAUUGUUGGUUUUUUUAAUAUAUAUAUAUAUAAAUUGAAUUGUUGGUUUUUAAAAUAUAUAUAUAAUUGAAUUGUUGGGUGUGUGUGUGUGUGUGUGUGUGUGUGUGUGUGUGUAUCUCACUGUUUAUGGAGGAAGUAACAUGCAGUAUUAAAUAUUCAUCAGGCUUUAAAGUAGAUAAGAAUAAGAUUCCUUAAAAUUCAUCAGCUUGUUCUUUUUUGGGGGGAGGGAACAGGACGUUCCAGCAACACACCUCUCCUUUUCACGGUCUCCUUUAAUGUAGGGCAAAUAACAAGACUGUGACAAAUAAAAGCUUCUUAUGUCUGAUGAUGCUCACAAGUAACAGUGACCUUUUGAGUCUGGGGCAUCCAAAAAUACCAGCAAUUUUAUCCCUUACUAUGCUUGCUGUAAAGCUACAUCAAGACAGAAAAGGUUCUAGCUGAAGACUAAAAGCACAAUAACAGUAGCCUCGCCACUAGAUAAUUCCUAAAAUUUUCAAUUGGCAUUGGGACAAAGUCUAAAUUACCUCAGACUUAACUUUCUGAAAACAAUUAAGGGUCUCAAAUGUGUGUACCUGGGGUUAAUACAUUCAGAUAAUGCACAGAAAGGUGAACCAAAAGGAGAUAUUAUAAUAAUAAUAAUAAUAAUAAUAAUAAUAAUAAUAAUAAUAUAUUUAUAUGUCACCCAUCUGACUGGGUUGCCCCAGCCACUCUGGGCACCUUCCAAUAAGUUAAAACAUAGUAAGACAUCAAACAUCUGAAGGCAGCCCUGUAUAGGGAAGUUUUUUUUAUGCUUGAUGUCUUCUAAAAGUCAGAUAGUUGUUUAUUUCCUUGACAUUUGAUGGGAGGGCGUUCCACAGCGCAGGCGCCACUACCAGGAAGGCCCUCUGCCUGGUUCCCUGUAACCUCACUUCUCGCAGUGAGGGAAUCACCAGAAGGCUCAUGGAGCUGGACCUCAGUGUCUGGGCUGAGCAAUGAGGGUGGAAACACUCCUUCAGGUAUGAAGGGCCGAAAAUGUACGAAAGGGAUUGAGGCAGAAAAUACUCAAAAUCAGUGUUGUGUUAUAUGUUCCUUUCUGGCUCUAUCUGGACAUGUUGGGGAUUGAACCUGGUAUCUUCUGCAUGCAAAGUAGAUGCUCUGUCAAUGAGCCUUAAAGGUAAAGGUAAAGGUACCCCUGACCAUUAGGUCCAGUCGCGGACGACUCUGAGGUUGCGGUGCUCAUCUCGCUCUGCGUUUGUCCGCAGACAGUUCUUCCGGGUCAUGUGGGCAGCAUGACUAAGCUGCUUCUUGCGAAACAGAGCAGUGCAUGGAAAUGCCAUUUACCUUCCCACCGGAGUGGUACCUAUUUAUCUACUUGCACUUGACAUGCUUUUGAACUGCCAGGUGGGCAGGAGCUGGGACCAAACAACAGGAGCUCACCUCGUCGCAGGGAUUUGAACCGCCAACCUUCUGAUCGGCAAGCCCUAGGCUCUGUGGUUUAGACCACAGCGCCACCCGCGUCCCUCAGUGAGCCAUAUCCCACCCUUUAUGUAAGAUAAAGCAUGACACCACCUAGCUGCGCUGGUAGCAUGCUUCACUUGGAAAUCCUCAUCUUUUAGUGUAUAAUAAAAUUUGAGAAAGCCAAGAAAUUCAUUGCUAAAAUAUUCCAUUAAGCCUAACAUUAAAACAUUAAUAGUAAAUAAUUUAAAUACAGUACAAAGAACAGAAUUGCAACACUAAGCAAUUCCAGUUCCCAGUGGUCAUAAUAGUAUUCUUAAUAAGCGUUUAUUUCUUUUUUUAUUGGUUAAUGGUUUGUAAUGUUAAUUUGGUUCUUUUUCUCUCUCUAGCUGUCUGUGCUUACUGGAGUUCGUUACCUUCAAACAGCAAUGAGGAAUGUUCUCCUCCUGGGUGAUCCGCAGUGUGACUCAGAUGGUUGGUUGCUUGAGAACAGCUUUGUAGAAACUGCCAAAAACAACAUCAACAUCAUUAAGAAUCUUGGCAAGGCUAAUCAGAUAUCAACGGUUUCAGGGAAUGACCCUAACAUGGACAUUAAAACUGCAAACCACGGUCCAGAGAAUGUUCCAACAAAAUCAAUCCCCACAGCUUAA